UUGCCCCCGCGGUAAAAUGUUCCUUCCACCACCACCUGAACUCAAAAAGCUCCUUCUCUGGAUCUUAGCCGCCUCUCUCUCUCUCUCUCUGCCUUCGUGUCUACAAAAUCCAAAAUAGAAGGACAAAAUAAAAUCCUCCUCUCAAAUUUAGCUAAGAGAUUAAGAAAAAAGCCACGAAAAAAGAGGAUUGAUUUGCUAAACUACUGAGAUUUUCCUCGAAAUCUUACGGUUAAUUGGUCCGAUCUCCAGUCGCCGUCCACCAUUCAUCUGAUCUAGUGCUUCGAUCAUGUGAGAGGCAGAAGGCAACUGAGGGAAGUGAUCAAAUCGAAUGGCCUCGAUCCGACGAACUCUCUCGCCAGCCUAUCACGACCGUCCGUACCAGAACGGUACUGCACCUUCCCCACUCUCCGCCUCGCCAUCGGACAAACUGUUGCCCAACGGUAGUGGCAACACUGGCGGUUACAAAUACUACUACUCUCCACAUUUGCCUUUGUUUUUCACUGCUCUGCUAAGCCGAUUUCUCGGCGCGGUCUUCUUACCGAAGAACUCCCGCAAGGGAGGAUCAUGGAGGCGGCCGUUUGGCCAUUGCGCGGUGCUGUUCAUGUUGGGAUUCCUCUUAGGAAUGAUGCCGUUUGGGCACGUCUUUGAAGACGCCAGCACCCGCGACUUCUCGUUCGAGAUUAAGCCGCCGUACGUCAACGUGCGGCUAAACGAGGAGGCUGCCGAUGUCAAGGUUAAGCGCGAGGAAUUGCUGCUCGAUACGGUGAGCUUCGGGGUUCGCGCGCAAGUGGACGAGAUCUCUUCGUCGAGGUUUGACUACGUGCCUAGGAAGCCGAUAAUUGUGGUGACGGCAACUUAUAAUCGGGCGAUGCAGGCUUAUUUCUUGAACAGGCUCGCGCAGACAUUGCGGCUGGUUCAGCCGCCGCUACUUUGGAUAGUGGUGGAGGCCAAUGGGGCCUCGUUCGAAACAGCCGAGAUACUGAGAAAGACCGGGGUUAUGUAUAGGCACUUGGUUUGCAGCAAGAAUUUGACCAAUGUUAAGGACAGAGGAGUUCAUCAGAGGAACGUGGCUCUGGAGCACAUCGAGCUGCAUAGGCUCGAUGGAAUUAUCUACUUCGCUGAUGAUGAUAAUAUAUACUCGCUUGAGUUGUUUGAGAACUUAAGGGAAAUCAGCCGUUUUGGUACUUGGCCUGUUGCCAUGCUUGCGCCAAGCAAAAACAAGGCAAUUUUGGAAGGUCCAGUAUGCAAUGGAAGUCGAGUAAUUGGAUGGCACACAAACGAGAAAAGUAAAAGACUUCGUAGAUUUCAUGUUGACAUGUCAGGAUUUGCUUUUAAUAGCACUAUACUAUGGGACCCAAAGAGAUGGCAUUGUCCCUUUUCAAACCCAAUUCGGCAAUUAGACACUGUGAAGGAAGGCUUUCAAGAAACUACAUUUAUAGAACAAAUAGUGGAAGAUGAAAGUCAAAUGGAAGGUAUACCACCUGGUUGUUCCAAGAUUCUGAACUGGCAUCUUCAUUUGGAUGCCUGUGGUCUUGCUUAUCCUAAAGGCUGGAUACUUCAGAAAAACCUUGAUGUUGUACAACCUGUCAUGUGAUUGAAUUUCAACCCCAAAAAUUUUAUGCCAAAGCCUUUGAUUGGUGUCUAUUGGCUCUAACUUCAUGUUGGUGGAUCUUCCUCGGAAAGAGUAUUGCUUCACUUGCUACCAACAAUGUUAAGGCAGCACCCUCAUACUUGUAUAAUGAGCUCUGAAAAAAUGAUGAAGAAACAGAAGACUGAUAAAUUUCUUUGUAGAUUUUUUCCAAUGAUGUUCUUUCACAGAGGAAGAAACUUGUUUUAUGGUAGAGUUCUGGUGCAUUUAGUUUUUGUUUUCUUUUGUUGGGGUUAGAGGAGUGGGUAAUUGGUGUUGGGGGUGGGGUGAGGUGGGGAAGGGAUGUUUGUGGGGGUUGGGUUGAUUGCUAAAAUUUUUGGGACAUAUUAGACACAGAGGAAAGGUCUCGUUAGAAGCAGGCGUUUGAUGUGGUGUUGUAAUUUGUUGUUGAUCCAAUACAUUGUAUGUGACACAGGCGUUUACCAAUAUCAUUCCUUGAGAAAAAUACAGAACUUAUCAUGCCCUUGGGGCUGGUAUACUCUGUUUAUAUUGCUA